AUGUACAGUUGGGCACAAAGAAUGCACCGACGGGCGGCUACGCUCGGAAGUGUGGUCACAUCCUGUGGCCACCCGGGGGCACAGUAUCCGCACCGACUGGAGAAGGUAAAGUUCGGUGUACCGCUGGAGGAGGUGUGCAAAAACGACAUUCCCGGACCGCUGCUGGUGCUGAUACUGAAGCUCAACAAGGAGGCCCCGUUCCGGAAGGACGUGUUCCGGGCACCCGGCAAUCAGGGCGCGAUGAAGAAGCUGAUCCACUUCCUGCAGCAGGGCCGGCUGGUCAACGUGGACAACUACUCCGUCUACACGAUCGCGAGCGUGCUGAAGAAGUUUCUGCGCAAACUGCCGGGCGGCGUAUUUGGGCGCGAAGGCGAAGCGGAACUGUUCCAGAUUGUCGACCUCGACGAUGAGAUCGAGCAACGGGAGAAAAUUCACAGACUACUUAUGUCACUGCCAGGCCACACGCAGCGUUUGCUGGUGCUGCUGUUCGGGACGUUCCGCGUGAUAGCCACCAACUCCGAGCGCGCGGACACGGGCAUGACGAGCGAGGCGCUCGGGGUGUCGGUGGCGCCCAGCUUCUUCCAGUCCUGCGUCAGCGACGGCAAGACGGCCCGCAUGAAGGAUGUCCUACGGUUUAAGGCGGAAGUUCACGUAGCGACGAAAAUCAUGAAACAAAUGAUCGAACAGUUUACGGACUGCUAUCUGUUUGGCCGUGUUAAUUACGAGUAUUACGUGCGCGUCACCGGGCGCGUCCUGAGAGUACAAGACGAGUGGAUAUGCUCCUUUCGCUAUCCACCGCCGCCACGAGGCAAAACAGCGCAACAACACUAUGCAUUAAAAUUAGCAUUGCAGACCGAGAAAACCUGGCUGCAGUGCGAGUGCGAACGAUGGGGGCUAAUCGCCCAGGAGGAAUCGCACUCGACGCCGGCCCUGCUGACGACGGGCGGCCCGAACGUAGGUAACUCGGCUGUAUCACUCGGCAUCAUUCCAGAGCACUCACUGCUUGAAUCGUGCGCCCGGCUUUCCGUGUCGCUUGAAGGGCCGGGUAUAUUUAAUGUGCAAAAGACCAGCUGCUCCUCGUCAUCGCACUCGUCCUCGUCGACCACGCGGUCCGGUUCCCAGCAUCACAUGACGCUGGAGGAACUGCAGGCCGUCAAUCGGUACGCGGAAAGUACCAAGAGCCUUUCCUACCUACCUCAGGUACACGAGCGACAGGCGGCCAGGAUGCGAACGCGGUCCGAGUGGUUUCUGGGGGCACGCGGCAGCUCGCUGGAGCUGUGCCACGAUGGCGGCGGUGGCGGUACCAGCUCGCUGAUCCAUCCACCGAUCGUCACCUCGACGCCGAUCCCGGGAACCGUUGGUCAUCAUCCGCACGGAAUAAUCGGUACCUAUGCUAGUAUAGAUAAUCUGAACGAUCUCGUUGUUGUUGUCGUUGAUGUUAACCAAGACCAACAGAGCCACAAACAAUACGAUCACAAUCACCACGACGGCGACAACCAUUGUUACCACCAUAACCAUCAUCCUGAUCACCAACUUCAUCAUCAUGAUAAUCCUACCGAGAACUCACCCGAGCUGCCAGGGAGCAAUAGUGAAGCUCCCCAAACGCACACUAAUAACAGCGAUGAUAGUGUAGAACGCUCUCACGAUGGUGUGCUGUCGUCGUGUCGUCCGCCUAACCCUUCCAAUCCUAACGACAAUCGCGGUCGGCCUAGCGGUGGUGACCGUUCGCUCGGGAAGGAUUCGAUUUCUGACAGUGACGAAAGCGGCCCAAUGGCGAUCGAUGAGACCGACGGCGACGAGCACGAUUUUGCCAUUUCCCAGGGCCAUCAUUUCGAUCAGCGGGCCGAAAAUCGUCGCCGUCGUCGCCGUCGCGCUCUCCUUCGCCGUGGGUCGUACGAUCAGAUCGUCGUGUCCUCCGGGACCGUCCUGCCUAGUGCAGAGUCACAGGAGUGCCCUGGUGUGAGUGGUGGCUCCACACGGCCUGGUUCGGCUCCGGUCAUAGGGCGGGAGCUGGGCGGGAAGAGAAAACCCACAAACAAUCCGCAAACCCAUUCCGGGCCGCCCACUUCUCAACGAGCGGUAUCGGCACAUCCCGCCACCUACAGUCCCGAUCCCGAUCCAAGUGCUUAUCGCCACUUGGAUGUGAGUAGCGCCAACGAUGAGUCCUUUCCAAUCGAUCGAUUUGGUAGCCGUCGCCGCCCGUCUAUGCAGCGUAACCGUAGCCACAGCUCGGCUACGCUCAGAAGCGGAAGCUCCAGGACGAUCUCCCGGCAGAGCAAUCUGUCGGCGAUCGUGUUUUCGGUGUUGGACUUUCUGUUCUAG